ACCUGCCAAUUGCCUUUAAAUCUUCAAAUAAGAGACACUAUAAGCCUCUCCCUCAGGGUGGGAAGGUUACCUUGCAUACACAUGCAAAUUAAGGGAAAAAAAGCAGUUCCUAAAAUGUAAUGAGCUUCUUUUUUUGCAGUCACUCUGGACACAGGACCGAUGCUUCCUGUACCCUGAUGCACUGCAAUAUUUGCUUCACUGAGAAUGCCUCCACUCCUGGUUAACAGCAGUUCACAUGAACAGGAUGCUAUAUAUUAUGCACCAGAAUCCAUUGGUUCCCUGGUUAUCUUCAUCCUCGUUUUCAUCAUAGGUAUCCCAGGCAAUGGGUUGGUUAUCUGGGUAGCUGGUUUGAAAAUGAAGAGGUCUGUGAACAUCAUCUGGUUCCUAAACCUUGCUGUGGCUGACUUCAUGUGCUGCUUAUCUCUGCCAUUCUUCAUUGUUCACUUGUUCCUCAACGAACACUGGCCAUAUGGUUGGUUUCUCUGUAAAGUCAUCCCAUCAGUCAUAAUCUUCACCAUGUUUGCUAGUGUUUUCCUACUUAUGGUGAUCAGCAUCGACCGGUGCCUCCUAGUGAUGAAACCCGUCUGGUGUCAAAAUCAUCGAACAAUUAAGUUUAUUUCACUACUAUGCAGUGGCAUUUGGAUCCUGGCCUUUAUUUUCUGCUGUCCUGUCUUUCACUACCGCAACACAAUCACUGAUGGUGGAAAAACUGAGUGUGGGUACAAUUUUGGAGAUUAUGAAAUACUAGAAUAUAUGGAUGACAGUGAUCCUGUAACUGGGUUAUUGGAAGAAUACUCACCUUUAGUACCAGCUGUCACAUAUGUUGGCACCAUCUUUGCUCAUCAGCCUACUGAUAGUUAUAGCUACCUAGAUUUUCAAGCAAACAGCAUAUCCACCAACAAAGGCAUAAUUGCAGAAGCUCACCUUUCUCAUGCCACUGUAGAUGUGAACUCCUUGUUAAAUUCAACUGCCUAUCCUGACAUCAGGCUAUUGGAAUCUCAGAGUGAUCUACCUAACACCAACUUGCCUGUACCAUCCAACAAUGACUUCAAUUUAAAGCUACUUGAUCCUCCUCUUGAUUUGCUUGAUUUUGACAGUGUCUUCAGUGGUAAUGAUUAUGCCAUGCCCUUUCCUUUAACUGUAAUAACUAUUACUAGGGCUGUCUUUGGCUUCAUACUUCCCUUCUGCAUAAUGGCAGUUUGCUAUGCCCUUAUUGCUUUCAGGAUGCGUGCAAGUAAUUAUCGUAAGCCACAAAGCAAGAUGCUGAGAACUAUCAUUCUUGUGGUAGUUGCAUUUUUUGUCUGCUGGGCUCCCUACCAUAUAGUUGGGAUUCUGUCCCUUGUGGCUACUCCUGGUACAGAACUGAAGGAGUCACUGAUCCUCUGGGAUCACCUCUCUGUAGCACUUGCAUAUGCUAACAGCUGCAUCAACCCUCUGUUGUAUGUUUUUGUGGGGCGGGACUUCAGGGCAAAGGCAAGGCAAUCACUGCAAGGAGUCUUGGAAGGAGUAUUUACUGAGGAACCAACAUGUUCAAGCCCUUACUCUGUUGACAGAAGCAAGACUUCAAAAGAUAAGGAUGUUAGUACCACAGUCUAAUGCAGGACUUCCCAUCAUUACUGCAGAAAGAAUUCUGUACAUCAACAACUCUCCACUUUUUUUUGCUUUAACACAUCUGAUUACUGAACAGAACUGCACACAGGGCACAGUGAUGGUUCACAUCAGAUCUGCUAAUCCACUUUAUAUCCUACUAUAGCAAGAUGGGAAGUUGGAAAUACUAAGAGUAAUAAUCUCUUGUGAAAGACCAGUGAAGCAAGAGACCCAGCAUACAUUAAAGAGUAAAGAAGGCUUGCAGAAUGGUUUGUAGUGCAGUCAUGUACUUCAAUUUCUGAACUGCUGAAUAACAAAAUAAUCAGUUAUUCACAGAAGUCUAUUAAAGAUGUUCUGCAUCUCCUGUCUCUGAUAAAAUGCAGGUGAAACCAACACUGAUGUCUCUCCUCUGACUAUACUUGGUUCUGAAAAUUUUUUUUCUGAAGAUACUUAGAGAGAGAAGUGCUACAUUUUACUACAGCACUGCAUAGGAACAACACAUACUCCAGUCAGCUGCACUGAACUGAUUUUCAUUCCCUGGUAGAUGUACAAGGUAUCAUUUUUAUACCAGGAAAUAUAUCAUUGUAUAGUGGUAACUGCACUAAUUCUCAUGCUGUAACUAUGUUCAUUAGUAUGUACUCACUGGCUCCUCAGCACUCCUACCAUUAGCGUCCUAAACUUUCCUUUAAGGUGGUGUUUGAGGCUGCCCAAAUAUUCCUACUGUAUUUUAGCUUAUUGCAAGCAGAGUUUGAGGAGCUUCUCAGCCACAAUGUAGUUUUCACAGCUUUUCUGGCCAAGAUGAAAGUUGAAAGAUGCACUGGUCUUAGUGCUGGGAAAACAGACAGCUGUUAGGACUUCUGACUCUUGAUAACCAGAAAAGUCUCAGUUGCAAUGUACGCUUAAGUGGAGGCUGUUAAUUUAGUAAUGUCCACACCCAAAUUUUCUUUUCAAGGUAACUAGUAAACAGGAACCAAGCCCACAUGCUAGACGCAGCCAAAAGAAAUGCAAUACUGGCAUGAAAGUGUUAAACCGUAAACACUUUUAUUUAAGAAAGCAUGCACAAAAAUAAAUUUGUGAUACCUCUCUGCCUGACCCUUGACACAAAGCACUGUGGGUUGCUACUGUGGAGCUGUAAGAGCUCUGCAUGGCAGGUUUGAUUCCCUUCACUCCCCACAGCUGGUAUCAGUGCAGAGACCCAAAUAGGCAACCCAGUGCCUUCCCAUCCACUGGCAAUUUACAUGUAAUUCAGGGGCAGAGGAAUGAGUCACAAGAUUUGACAUGCAUUUACAUAUGCAAGUGAUGGUUGUAAUGGAUGGAUGCAAGUAAUACGCAGAUGAUGUAAAUAUGCAAAAUGUGGGCACAAGCAUUCGUGGAAGGAGUCAUCUUUCUUUUUUCUUCCCGCGGUUUCAGAUUUCCAUGGGCCCAGCUCUGCAAUAUGAUCUGCAAAGCGCUAACUGGCACAAACUACAGGUUGGUUUUGGUGCCACAUUCCACAGAAACCCAAUCACACAUGCUUCCAAGCUGCAUCGUUAUCAUCCCGAAUUGGAGGCAGCACAGACAACAGCUAACUCCAUGUUAAAGUUGGCUCUGGGAUCCCUCAUUCCUCAUACUCAAUGAUAUCCCCACCCAAUACACACACAUAAAAAAGAAAAAGAAAAAAAAAAAAAGAAAUAUCCCUUCCACCUCCUUCCUUCAGUCAGAAUAGAGGUUUUUACCUUCUUUGCCCCAGGUUUGUCAAAGCCACCAUGAUGUUUUAUUUCUGUGUUGUUCCUCUUACUGAUAAACAAGGAAUAAAAGUUGGGAUGGGCUUUACAAAAUACUAAAAUGAAACAAGAGGUUUGACAGAACACAACUGUACAA